UUGUGUUUGGCGUCAGCGAGAGACCUUCGGCUUCUCGGCUUAGUUCGGGCUCAGACUCGGCGCGCCGAGCGGUUCUGUCACAGCAAGGCGACCACCGGACAGACAGCUUCACCCCACCGGGCGGAGAGGAGCCCCGCGGUGAGGAGAAGGUGGAGAAACGCAGGGUAUGAGUCGCCGCAGCUCGGCUGUAGGGUGGGCUGGAGGGCGGGAUGACGAUGAUGAUGGGGAGGGAGUGGUGGCUGCACGUGGCGCUGCUGUGCAUUCCCCUUCUGGCCGUCUACCUGCACAUCCCUCAGCCUCAGCUCUCCCCAGCCCUGCACACCUGGCGCUCCUCGGGACGCGUCUUCAGCUUCCGAGGGAACGACAUCUUCUACAAAGAUUCGUUUGGUGCUGUGGGGAGCUCUGAUGUGGUGGUCCUCCUUCAUGGUUUUCCCACCUCAAGCUAUGAUUGGCACAAGAUCUGGGAGCCACUGAAUCAGCGCUUUAACAGAGUCAUUGCACUUGACUUCCUUGGCUUUGGCUUCUCUGAUAAGCCUAGGCCGCAUCGGUAUUCCAUCUUUGAGCAGGCGAGUGUGGUAGAGGCCUUGAUCACUCAUCUGGGCCUCACCGAUCAGAAGGUCAAUCUUCUCUCGCAUGAUUAUGGAGAUACUGUUGCACUGGAGCUGCUUUACAGGAGUGACCACAAUCGAACUGGACAUCUGGCCAUAAACAGCCUCUGCCUUUCAAAUGGAGGUAUAUUCCCAGAGACUCAUUACCCAAGAUUGAUGCAAAAGAUCCUGAAGGACUCCGGCUUCAUUUCUCCUCUACUUACACGUCUUAUAACCUUCCAUCUCUUUUCUAGAGGGAUUGGAGAUGUGUUUGGUCCGUAUACCCAACCGACUGAAGCCGAGUACUGGGACAUGUGGACAGGCAUUCGCUUUAACGAUGGAAACUUGGUCAUGGACAGUAUAUUGCAAUAUAUAAACCAAAGACUGAAGCACAGAGACAGAUGGGUGGGAGCACUUACCUCUACGUCAACCCCAUUGCAUAUGAUCUAUGGACCUCUAGAUCCAGUUAACCCCCACCCCCAGUUCAUUCAUCUCUACCAAAAACUCGUUCAGAGGUCGACUGUGUCGAUUCUGGAUGAGCACAUCAGCCAUUACCCACAGCUUGAGGACCCUACAGGCUUCAUGAACGCCUACCUCAACUUCAUCAACUCUUUCUGAGCAGUUUCGUCGCUUUGACGUCGCACACUGGCUCGUUGAAGCAGAUGCUCUGAGAAAUCCUGGCUGAGAGACAUUGUGGUAUUAAGGAUCACCGGUAUGGAUCUCUUGGGCAGAGAAAGAAUAUGAACAGGAUUUUUAAAUAUUCAUUUGUUGAACUUCUUGAUUUGGAGUUCAACAAAACAAAACCUUUUAUAGAAAAUGUGAUGUUAAUAUCUGGAACGGCAGCAGCUCCUGUAUUUUACUCCGCAGAUGGCCAUGAACUGACCUGUGAUCAGGGUCAUAAUUGAUAAAAUUGCCACUAAUGGCUUAUCUGACUUUUUUAGUGAUCAUGAGAAAAUGUUUAUAUUGUUUAUAAACGGUGGCAAAUAAAUAGGGCUGAACAAGUUGGGCUGAAUAGUUAAUUGUAAUUUUUCUGACCAGAAUUGUGAUGAAUAUUAAAAUUGAAAUGAAAUUAUUUUAUAUAAAUUGAGGUCCAGGCCUGGUGUUUUGGACAAGAAGACCUGAACCUAUUGUUCUACCACUGACUACCACUUCUGGUUGUGUUAUGUACACAGCACAAGGGUGUGUUUCUGCUUGGUCUGACUCAUCUACAGGCGCUUCACAAGCUUUUAAGCUAUAAUAAUUACAGCUCUUGCAAAAAAUUAAAAAUUGCACUCUGUCAAAUUGCAAUUUUGAUAUAAAAUUAUUAAUCUUUCUGCCAUACAAACGAAGCAAUUACAACUUCAUGAUAAAAUGGGCUUCUGACCAGAUACUGACCAGCGGGACAACAAACCUCUAACCCCUUCCUUCAGCUUUACAGAAAAAUGAAGUGGCAGAUGUUCUGCAAGGUCAGAUUCUCACCAGCCAAGUUAAAGAUCACUGGGUCUCAUUUACCAACGUCUUCCUGAGUUUUUUCUUUAUGUUCUUGAGGAAGGUCCUACGAAAAAGUCUAUGUCAGAUUCAUGUUGUGUUCUUUAAGCGCAGAACUGUUCUCACCUUUGUGCUCUUGAGUGUGUGUCGAUUCUGUUCUUACCUAAGAACAAAUCUGAAAUAAGAAAACACUGGUAAAUGUCAGAUGCUGAAACUGUGUAAGUGGGUUUAAAGAAGAAAUUUCUUCUUAAGCACAGUUGGUAAAUGAGGCCCAGUGUUUUUUGGAUAUGCAAACAAAGAGAAGGAUCAGUAACUCUGCUUGUUAACAUCGGUGGCAAUGAAUGAUGGAGUCAGUAUAAAGUCUCAUCACUCUGCAUUUACAUGGAGAAAUGAAUUGACAUUGACUUCACCACAUUCUGCUUCGGCUGGUCACAUACGGCUCGAAUUGGUUAAACUGUCCCUAUAAAGUCUGUAAAGAGACGCUUGUCUCAGAUGAAUGUAAAGGAUGGUUUAAAUUAGCAUGAACUGGCAACCCCUUAAGUUCCUGCGAUCUCUCGAUUAUGUAUGUAUGAUGGCAAGCUGAAUAUUAAAUAUACCUGGUUAAAAAAAACAAUCAGCAUCACAAUAAAAUUAUCUUUUUUUAA